CUAUUUCCAUUCCUUUCUACUCCCACUUAAAAAUUUGUGUUCUUGACAAUCAAAUCAGCACGAUAACAAGAUGAGUCCUCGCCCUGAAUACAUGCGUCUCCACCGGAUCCUACACGACUCUCUUCACCGCUUCUCUACCAGCACCAUCACUCAAGAAAUUGAGGAGGACCUUCUAAUUUCUCUGUCUCAGGUUUUCAGACAAGUUAAGCAGUUGAUUGAUGAACUUGACUCUGACGAGGAGGAGCUGUUGGCAGACACUGCCUUUGAUGGUGAAGGUUUUAUUGAUGCAAUCGCACAGUUGGAUAACCGUCAUUGUUUGGCUAUUAUCAUUGGUGACUUGAUGUUUUUGCUCACUAUCAACCGUCAGUAUGCUCAACAUUUAGUAGGGAACACUCUUGUGGCUAUUUCUGAGUUUUUGCUUGCAUCGGAUGGUGACUGGGAUGAAUUUAUGCAGUUGUUGUGCCUUUGCUUGGAUUUGGCAAUUCGCGACAUUCUUAAAUCUUCUCCAGAUAGUGCAUUUGAAACCAGACAUCUGGAUUUUAAUCCAUCUAUAAGAUCCUUACUGGAGCUGAAACUGAAAAGUGCAAAUUGGUCUGUGGUGGCUGCUAUUUUCCGAGUUAUGCGUAAUAUACAAAAAUGUCUGAAGCAAGAUAUUUAUGAGAAAUGCAUGAAAACAUACUUGGAUUCUGUCAGCUCUUUAUUGAUAAGUUUACCGUGGGACUUAUUAAGAGAGAUCUAUGGCCGUGCAGAAGAUGUACUGAAAAUAGAUGAUUUGCAACUGAGAGAAAUGACUACAUUCUUUGGAUAUUGCAUUCAGUUAUUCUGUUCUUUGGUCUCAGAAAGCAGUUCUUUUGAAGUUGAAGCUGAAGUUGAUUUUUCACCUAUGAUUUGGCAAAUUGUCAACCUUGUCCCCAAACUUACAUUGUGGUGCCAAGUUGAGGUUCAAAGUCCUCAUCAUGUCCGCAUGUCUCAUUACUUCAGACACAAAGUGCUGAUGCUCAUGGUCAAGGUUAGUUCGAUAAUCCGUAUUGGGCCAACUAUAAGCAAGACAUGGAUUCAUCUAAUGCAUGAUUACUUUGAAGAUCUAUUAUUGCAACCUCUAUCUGGGGGUAAACUCGACCAAGAUGGCUUUUUAGAAAGGUCCCCAUUUUGCACGAGUAUAUUUGAUGGGAAACAACACAAUAUUCCAUCUUUCCAUUUGCAAAGGCUGGCGAUUUUGCUUUUCUUGAAGUGUUCGCUCAAUUUGGUUGGCAUGGAAGGAGGUCCUGAUGAACAGGAGUGCAUGGAUGAAAAUCUGAAGCAUAUAAGUUCCUCAGACCUGAAUUUGGAAUCAGAGUUUUGUAGAACUAGUUACAACAGCAUAGGUUUAACAGAGCUCCAUAAGUGGCUUCAGUUACACGUUCAUGUGGAUAUUCUUCUAAAUGAUGAGUUGUAUUUCGAACGAUGUGUGAGAUUCACGCUAUCCUUUAUCCAAUUAUUCAUGCACGAGGAUGAUAUACUGUUUAAAAUGCUCUUGCAACUGUUUCACGUGCCGUCAUUCUUUCAAGAACGUCAGAUUAUUAACAACGAGCCACUUGCUGAAGUGAAGAAUCGUCUUGCUGCUGAUGUGUUUAAUCCUAUACAUUUGUUCCAUUUAUUUCUUGCUGAGAUAAGCUAUGAUCAUCAAGUCCUUCUUGACUAUCUCAUCUCGAAAGAUACUGGAUCUAUCUGUGCUGAAUACCUUUUGAGAUCAUUACGAAUCAUUUGCAAUUUCUGGAGCUUAUUUGUGGAAUUUCCGGGAGUGAAAGAUGAUUCUGGCCAAUCGUGUGUAAAGAGACGAAAGAUUUUAGCUAAUUCAAGAGAUAUCAAGGUAGCAACAUAUCCGGCACCAUUAAAGGAGGGUGGGACUCCAUCACUCAAGAUGGAGUGCAACGAAAGUCAUGCACAUGGCAACAACAGCCGUAUCAAUUUUAAACGACCAUUUGUGGCUGCUCGGGAUUGCUUGGCUUCACUGACCACGUCCAUUGACAGUCUCAACAAAAAAAGUUUGUUUCCAUACAAUCCACAGGUGCUUCUGCGUCGUUUGAUGAAGUUUCAGGAGCUCUCUUUUCAGUAAUAGUUGAUCCAAACAGUUACUUUACAGAAUCACUAUCUCAUAAGCAUAGGUAUUUCAGUUUCAAGUAAUGUGGAAUGGUCAUUCACUCCCAUCCCUCUAAUUUUUGUAUAAAUAGAUUCAAUAAUUCAUUUUUUCGAGCCA